AUGUCUCCUCCAUCAGCAACAUACGACGUAGUAGCUGCAGCAGCUACUUCUGUUGCAAAAACUAACAAACCCUCCACUGCCCAUGGGAGUCUUACUAGUACCAGCACCAUUUUGGAUGAAUUUGCUGGGAAAUGGGACGACUUCAGCUUCGGCCAUAUCCGCGAGAGCCAGGUCUCCCGCGCCAUGACGCGUCGCUAUUUCGAGGAUCUGGAUACCUAUGCUGAGAGCGACAUCGUGAUUGUCGGCGCUGGAUCCUGCGGUCUCAGCACUGCGUACGUCCUGGGCAAAGCUCGCCCGGAUUUGAAAAUUGCCGUUAUUGAGGCCUCCGUCUCUCCUGGCGGUGGUGCGUGGCUCGGCGGCCAGCUGUUCUCCGCCAUGGUCCUCCGCAAGCCUGCGGACCGUUUUCUCGAUGAUCUGGGGGUUCCGUACGAAGAGGAACCCUCCAACCCCAACAUGGUCGUGAUCAAGCACGCGGCACUCUUUACUUCCACUUUGCUCUCCAAAGUACUCUCCUUCCCAAACAUCAAGCUUUUCAAUGCUACUUGCGUUGAGGAUUUGAUCACCCGUCCAUCCCCGGCUGCAGGCGACCGCGAGGGUAUUCGCAUCGCCGGUGUCGUGACCAACUGGACGCUCGUGACUCUUCACCACGAUGACCACUCCUGCAUGGACCCAAACACCAUCAAUGCACCCCUGGUCAUCAGUACCACCGGUCACGAUGGUCCGUUUGGUGCUUUCUGCGCCAAGCGUCUCGUGUCCAUGGCUGCCAUUGAGAAACUGGGCGGUAUGCGUGGACUGGACAUGAACUCGGCUGAGGAGGCCAUUGUGAAGAAUACUCGGGAGGUGACUAAGGGGUUGAUUAUUGGAGGCAUGGAGUUGAGUGAAAUUGACGGGUGGCACCGGAUGGGGCCUAUCUUUUCAGCCAUGAUGCUUAGUGGCGUGCGUGCAGCGGAGGUCGCUUUGGAAGUUUUCGAAGAACGAAAGAGAGAGUGCGCUGAUAAAAAAUGA